AAACGGAAGCCUGAGGCAGAACUAUUAUUACCGCGGCAUGGCCAAGUAUAUCGCUAGUAUCUAACCUCGGCAAUCCUCGCCUUUUAUCACCCAUUGUUUCUCCGCAACAACAGGAACGUCAACAAUGACCAGCUUGGUCCUUAUAUAUGGAAAAUCAUAACUAGAGCUCUGGUAGCUUCUUAUUCCUUAUUCGAAAUAUCAUUUGUCAGGAGACGAUUCUCUGACACCACUGAAACCAUCAUGACGGACAAUCAGCAGCCGCUAGGCUUACUCUUCGACAUUGGAGGCGUGUGUGUUGUGUCGCCAUUUCAAGCCAUUCUGGACUACGAAAUCGCCAACAAAAUCCCCACCGGAUGGGUAAACUUCAGCAUCUCGCGCACUUCGCCCAACGGCAGCUGGCACAAACUCGAGCGCGGCGAAAUCAAACUAGACGCCGAUUUCUUCGCUGCGUUCAACUCAGACCUGAAAAACCCGGAGCUAUGGCAAAAGUACCAUGAAACCCACCUAAGAAAACCGGCAGGCGACGCCUCGGUCUCGGUACUCCCUCCCUUGCCGGAAUUAGAUGCUGAAUGGCUCUUCUGGGAAAUGAUGCGGAUCUCCCGCGAGCCGGACCCCUAUAUGUUCCCUGCGCUGCGAAAAUUGAAGGAAUCGAGGAAAUUCAUUCUCGGUGCUCUGUCGAACACGGUCCAGUUUCCUGACGGACACCCCUAUAAUAACGACACUGCCAAGAUCAGGGCGCCGUUCGACUUCUUUAUUUCGUCGGCGCAUACGGGGCUGAGGAAGCCGGAUCCGAAGAUUUACGAGGCUGCAGUGAAUGAGAUGGAUGCAGUGGCAAAGAAAAAAGGACUGAAGGGCGCCAGCGCAUCCGACAUUGUUUUCUUCGAUGAUAUUGGGGAGAACCUGAAGGGCGCAAAGAAGGCUGGGAUGAGAACGGUCAAGGUCAACCUUGGAAAGACGCAAGAUGCAGUCACGGAACUCGAGAAAAUCACCGGCCUGCAACUUCUGGAUAAUCAGGACAGGGCUAGAUUGUGAGGGACCAAGGCGUUCACUUGGUGGCCGUGUACAAACCUACCAGGCGACGUACACACGAUCGAGUUAACAUAUUGGAUACAUGUCAGAAAUUACUGGAACUGUGGCACAACUUGAUAAGAUAGACAUUAGAGCCGUGCGAUCUAGAGAAUGUGGUUCCCAAAUAGUAUCGAUGCAGAUACUUCGAGUGAUUUUGAGCAAGUUCUUUACGCCGAUAAUCAUUUUAUUCAAACUCAGCACCAUGCAGCUUUCACUGUACAAAGCCCGUAAGAUGGAGGCCCGCUUUCUUGCCAAUCUUUGACGAAAGUAAGGCUCAAUUCUAAAGAUCCGAUCGCUUUUAUUAUUCCAGACUAUAUUUUAAGCGUAUCAACUCCACUUAAGCAUUACCCUUUGAUCCACCCUUUCAACUCGCACAGUGCCUUUUUUAUAGAGCAAAGAUCUUAUCGGACCUUGAAAGACCAUAAUCAAUCCAGUGAAUCAAGGUAGAAGUUCAAAAUGGGAUUCUGGGGAGGUUCUCUAGCUAUAACCAACACCUUUUGUCGUUCUGCCUGAGGCCACCAAGCGUCGCACUAAGAUAAGAUCGGGUGGCGACAGGAAAGGGAGGAUACUAGAUUUUACCAUAGCGCAUGGGC